CACGUGUCCCUUUGGUGGCUGCAAUGUACAUUCGGCCCCCUGGAGGCUGUUGAGCUGUCAUUCGGGUAUUUCUAUCAGAUUCUUUGGUGACUGAGACUGCACAUGAUGCACUGGGACACUUUUACUCAGCUUUUCGUUUGGACAGGGUGUAAAACCGAACAUGAGGGACAGGCCAUUAUGUGAGGGAUCUGUGCUCUGUCUGUGCACCCCUUUUGUGUGCCUGGUUCUAGGUGAGUCAGGGCCUGAGUCAGGGGACCCAGGAGCCCGGGUGUGGGCAGGCGUGUGCCUGUCCCUUGCUUGCCAUCCCCAUACAGGGUACAGAGGUGGGAGCCUCUGAUGGGAUUGAGGGGUGUGGUGGACUGCCCAGGCUUCAGCCUGGUGGGCAGGGCAUGCAUCCUGUAACCCCACCCACCCCACCUUGUCCUCACCCAGGAGUCACCAAAGGUCUUCAGAGGACCAAAAAGGGAGGCAUGGAGAUGUCAGAGUGCUUGGCUGAGGUGUGGGACAGGGGCCAGGUUCCCCCCAGGAGAUGGGAGAGAGGCUGGAGGACCAGCGGGCAGCCCAGAUGCCUCCCUCCCCUGUGCAGCCUGUGCCCAGUGACAGGCCAUCAAGAUGAGGACAGCAGGCUCCAGGAACCUGCCUGAGAAAACAGGGGCUGUACAUUGGGGAGCAUGGAGGCUGGGAGGGGGAGCCUAGGAGCCCCCUUGGAGGCAGUGGAGGCCUCGCUGUCUCCCUUUCCUCCCCCUCCAGCCCCAGGGAGAGAGGCGGAGGGAGGCUCGUCGGUAAUGUCCCAGCUUGUGGCCCACGCCCCCAUGUGCCCUGUUCCUGGCCCUCUGUAUCUGGAAUAAUGAUACCUUGGUCUAAAAUGAAACCCAGGGACAGACAGAGUGGGCCGGGAGCCCAGGAGCCUGGAAGCCCAGCCCCGUCCCAGUCGUAGGUGUCAGCCUGGCCUUCUCGCUGAGCCUUUUCCAGUUCCGGAUCCUCUGCCCCUCGGAGGCCUUUUGUCUGCCUCAGGUUCUGGGCACGAGACCCUCCAGAAAACCCAGGUGUCCUAGUCACCUCCCACCCUCCAGGGCUGACCAGCCUUCAGCUUCGACACUCCCUGCCCCUGGGGCCCCGUAACCAGAGCCAGGCUCCAGCCGGCUUUUCCGGUUGGAGGUUGGAGGUGGUGCCCGGAGCGCCCCUGAAGGGGGUGGGGGGCCCACGCCCCGGAAGUCCUGAGCCUCGGGACGCUCUCGGGUCCAGCGGCGGAGAGAUCCUGGACUGGCCCAGCAACAGAGCAAGAGUUUUGGGCCUCGGCGUUACAGGGGGAGAACAUGCCUGUGUUCCGGGAGAAGGCCACAUGGGCAGACUGGAGGACGGCGGCCCUGUGGACUGCCCCCCCUGAGCUCUGAGUGCAAGCAGAGUCAGAUCGGGGGUCCCGGGGAGCAGACGUGGCAGCAUGAUUCCGGUGGCCGAGUUCAAGCAGUUCACGGAGCAGCAGCCCGCCCUCAAGGUGCUCAAACCCUGGUGGGAUGUGCUGGCAGAGUACCUCACCGUGGCCAUGCUGAUGAUUGGGGUUUUCGGCUGCACCCUCCAGGUGACACAGGACAAGAUCAUCUGUCUGCCCAGUCAUGAACCCCGGGAGAACUUAUCAGAGGCCCCCUGCCAGCAGCUGCUCCCGCAGGGGGUCUCGGAGCAGGUGGGGGGCCUCCGGGAGGUAAGCGGCCUGAAGAACAACUUGGACCUGCAGCAGUACAACUUCAUCAACCAGCUCUGCUACGAGACGGCCCUCCACUGGUAUGCCAAGUACUUCCCCUACCUGGUUGUCAUUCACACGCUCAUCUUCAUGGUCUGCACCAGCUUCUGGUUCAAGUUCCCCGGCACCAGCUCGAAGAUCGAGCACUUCAUCUCCAUCCUGGGUAAGUGUUUCGACUCGCCGUGGACCACGCGGGCCCUGUCCGAGGUCUCCGGGGAGAACCACAAGGGCCCCGCCACCGGACGGGCGACGGCGGCUAUGACAGCCACGGCGGGGCCCGGGAAGGCAGGUGAGGGCGAGAAGGAGAAGGUGCUGGCGGAGCCUGAGAAGGUGGUGACUGAGCCACCCGCCGUCACCCUUUUGGACAAGAAGGAGGGCGAGCAGGCCAAAGCCCUGUUUGAGAAGGUCAAGAAGUUCCGCGUGCACGUGGAAGAGGGAGACAUCUUGUACACCAUGUACAUCCGGCAGACGGUGCUCAAAGUCUGCAAGUUCUUAGCCAUCCUGGUCUACAGCCUCGUCUACGUGGAGAAGAUCAGCUUCCUGGUGGCCUGCAGGGUGGAGACCUCGGAGGUCACGGGCUACGCCAGCUUCUGCUGCAGCCACACGAAGGCUCACCUCUUCUCCAAGCUGGCCUUCUGCUACAUCUCCUUCGUGUGCGUCUACGGCAUAACCUGCCUCUACACGCUCUACUGGAUCUUCCACCGGCCCCUCAAGGAGUACUCCUUCCGUUCCGUGCGGGAGGAGACCGGCAUGGGUGACAUCCCCGACGUCAAGAAUGACUUCGCCUUCAUGCUGCACCUCAUCGACCAGUACGACUCGCUCUACUCCAAGCGCUUCGCCGUCUUCCUCUCCGAGGUCAGCGAGAGCCGCCUGAAGCAGCUCAGCCUCAACCACGAGUGGACGCCCGAGAAGCUUCGGCAAAAACUGCAGCGCAACGCCCGGGGCCGGCUCGAGCUGGCCCUCUGCAUGCUCCCGGGACUGCCCGACACUGUCUUUGAGCUCAGCGAGAUGGAGGCGCUCCGGCUGGAGGCCAUCGGCGACAUCACCUUCCCCCCGGGCCUGUCGCAGCUGGUGCACCUGCAGGAGCUCAGCCUGCUCCACUCGCCCGCCAGGCUGCCCUUCUCCUCGCAGGUCUUCCUGCGGGACCGCCUGAGGGUCAUCCGCGUCAAGUGCGAGGAGCUCCGCGAGGUCCCCCUCUGGGUGUUUGGGCUGCGUGGCCUGGAGGAACUGCACCUCGAGGGGCUCUUCCCCCCGGAGCUGGCUCGGGCGGCCGCCCUCGAGAGCCUCCGGGAGCUGAAGCAACUCAAAGUCCUGUCUCUGCGGAGCAAUGCCAGCAAGGUGCCGGCCAGCGUGACCGACGUGGCCGGGCACCUGCAGCGGCUUAGCCUGCACAACGACGGGGCCCGCCUGCUAGCCCUCAACAGCCUCAAGAAGUUGGCGGUGCUGCGGGAGCUGGAGCUGGUGGCCUGCGGGCUGGAGCGCAUCCCCCACGCCGUCUUCAGCCUGGGCGCACUGCAGGAGCUGGACCUCAGAGACAACCACCUGCGCUCCAUCGAGGAGAUCCUCAGUUUCCAGCACUGUCGCAAGCUCGUCACGCUCAGGCUGUGGCACAACCAGAUUGCCUACGUGCCCGAGCACGUGCGGAAGCUCCGGAGCCUGGAGCAGCUCUACCUCAGCCACAACAAGCUGGAGACCCUGCCCACCCAGCUCGGCAUGUGCUCUGGCCUCCGCCUGCUGGAUGUCUCCCACAACGGGCUGCGCUCCCUGCCGCCCGAGCUGGGCCUCCUCCAGAACCUGCAGCACCUGGCUGUCUCCUACAACGCCCUGGAGGCCCUGCCCGACGAGAUCUUCUUCUGCCGCAAGCUGCGGACGUUGCUUCUCGGCUACAACCACCUGAACCAGCUCUCGCCCCAGGUGGGGGCCCUCAGGGCCCUCAGCCGCCUGGAGCUCAAGGGCAACCGCUUGGAGGUGCUGCCAGAAGAACUUGGCAACUGUAGGGGGCUCAAGAAGGCGGGGCUCCUGGUGGAAGACACCCUUUAUGACGGCCUGCCGGCAGAGGUGCGGGAGAAGAUGGAGGAGGAGUGAAGGCAGGGAGGGGCAGGUUGGGGUAGAGACACUCCGGAUGCUUCCGCCCCAAAAUCUCUACCAUUGUCUUCAAAGGAGGCAGCCAAGUAGGCCCUAGCCAGGAGAGGAGCAGACAAGAUCCUGGGACUGGUUUGUCCGAGGAGAGACAGAAGACUGUGGAUUUGGGGUGGAACACAAUGGAGGGAUUAACUCAGUCAUAGGAUUCUCAAACCAAAACCACACCUGUGUCUGUGGUUGGCUGGCUUGUCCCCAGCCCUGGGCCAGAACUGCUACCCUCCCCCUGGACAUUCCAGCUUAAUCAGUGCCACCUUUGGGGGUGGGGGCACAUCCCAAUGGGAUUUCAACCCUCUCCCCCACAACAAAACAGCUUACCUCUGGAGUUCUCUCCCAAGGAGGGGACACAGACACAAGGGACCAGCACCCAGCCCCCACUUUGACGUUAAGCCGUUAUUUAUAAGUUGUUUGCUCCAGACACGUGAACUCAGAAAAAUGGUUCUCAGAUUUGGCUAUGCAUCAAAAUCAACAUCCCCAAAACAAAACAUGCCAGGCCCCCACCCCUGAAAGACUGACUCAGGAGGUUUUGGCUGGAGGUCAGGAACUCGGCUGUAAAUAAGCAUCCCAGGUAGUUCUGACGCAGGUGGUCCUAGGCCUGUAUGCAGGGCAGUGCUGACCUACGGAAUAGACAUCUGGAUGUCUAGAGCGGGGAUUCUGAACCCUUUUCAGGUCCUAGACCCUUGGAGAAUCUGAUGAAGCUAGGCACCUCCUUCCUCAGGAAAAGGCUUAUGUACACAUAUAGGCAGAGUUCUGCAAACAACUUCAGGCAGUCAACAGAUCCCUUCAGAUUCCCCAGAGGAAUGGAUCUCCUAAGGAUGGUGGAGCCCAGGUUAAGAACACCGGCAGUGGAGGCUGCAUAUUUCUGAGGACAGGCAGGGACUUGAGCUUUCAAACAUUCCCUGUGUGAGGGAGCAGGAGUGGGUGCUUAAUAAAUAAUACUAAUUACGAGAACUAUAAUUCUGAUCUGUGUCCACUCCGGCCGUGGUCUAAGCUAUCCAUUGCACCAGACCAGUUACAGGCAAGUGGCGACCCCAACGUGCCAGAAUCAAGGGUAUGAGUCUGUCCU